CUCUUUAACGGAAUUAAUACUCAAGUAAAAUAUUUAUCGUUAGUUAAUGAGCCAUGAAAAUCCUCUGGAUCGUUGGUUUUUGGCAUUAAAAACAAAGGUUACAUCAAAUAACCGUCUUGGUUUAAAUCAUCUUAGCCGUGAAGAAAGGGUUAAACGGUUAUUAUCAAGAGAAUAUCCAUAUAAAACAUUAUAUGAUAACCACUGUUCAUUAUUUAUUCAAUGGAUGUUUGAAUUGAAUGAAGGAUUUAGUCUAAUAGUUUAUGGAUUUGGAUCUAAACGAAGAUUAUUAAUGGAAUUUAUUGAAAGAUAUUUUAAAGACAAAUAUGUAUUAGUUAUGAAUGGAUAUAAGCCGGAGAUUAGUAUGAAAGGAGUAUAUAAUAUGUUAGUUAAUAAUCUUUGGGGAGAACAAAGAUUUGAAAGCAAUUGUACGAUAUAUGAGAUGACGGAGAGGGUUCUUGAAUGGAUAGAAGAAGAAACAAGUAUAGAAUAUUUAGUAUGGGUUGUUCAUAAUAUAGAUGGAAGAGGAUUGCGGUCAAAAAAAGUUCAAGCAUGUUUAUCAAGAGUAGCAAAUGCGAAGAAAAUAAAGUUUAUUGCAAGUGUUGAUCAUAUUAAUUCAGGAUUACUAUGGGAUGAAUCAAUGAUAAGUAAAUUUCAAUUUAUAUGGCAUGAUGCAACGACGUUUGCACCAUAUUUAAUUGAAACGUCAUAUGAAGAAGGAGUAUGGAAUAAUAUGAAAGGAACACAUGGAGAAGGAAUUGAAUAUGUAUUAGAAACAUUAACGCCGCAUGCAAGAGAAGUGUAUAGAAUUUUAAUAGAACAACAGAUUGAAGCAAAGGAAAAAGCGAAAAUGAAAAGUAUAACGGUUGAUUAUUUAUAUGGAAAAUGUGCAGAAGAAAUGGUUGUUAGUAGUAAAGAAGGAUUUCGAAUGCAACUUAGAGAAUUUUGUGAUCAUGAAAUGAUUAAAAUAAAAAGAGAUGUAACGGGAACGGAGAUUAUAUGGAUUCCGUUAGAAAAAGAAGUACUUGAAUCUAUACUUGAAGAUUUAAGACAUAGUGGAAUAUGAGGAAAUUUUAUAGAAACCAUUUUAUUAAUUAAUUAGUUAAAUAUUU